UGAGGCGAGCCUACUGCGCACACGUCUCCUAUAUUUCAGAAGAAUAGCCUACCGGUACAAGGUAUUUGGUUACAAAAUACAAGCAGUGUUUCGCUGCUGUUGUCUACGACAACCAACCGCAGGAAGUGCGGCGAUGCAAGAUGCGGCGGAAUCAGGUUCGGUUGAAUACGUUAGUUGUCGUUUGCGCGUAGAAGCGCUGCUGGUAUGCGCGUUCAUUGUUUCCGUGUUUUUUGUUUUUUGCCUUGGUUCUGCGGUAGUUGCCAUUCCUAGAAGUUCAUCUCCGUGUGUACACCAUGCCCCACGGUCACGGAUCCUUCCGCUGUAGGUCUUGUACAACAGCAGAGGCAAGUCCGUAGGAGAGCUACGAUCCGUGGUCACACAAAAGAGCUCCGCUUCUGUAUUUCCCUCAAGCCAUACCCUCGUCUCCAAACCAGGCACCCCACGGAGAGAAAAAUGGAGUUGCAGCGUCACACGGACACUUUGCAGUUUACCGAUAUCUGCCCGAGGACCAAAACAGAGCCAAAAAUUGCCGCUUGUCCCCACCCCCUCCGUGCGCUUCAGUCUAAGCAGCCCCAGCAGCAAGAAGAGCGGCCGUGGGACUGCCUUUUUACUAACAACGCCCGAUGGAGCAAGAACGAGGAGGGCCAGCAGACAGUCAACGAGUACGUACUCCUCGAAGAGCUCGGGAAGGGGUCCUACGGGAGGGUUUACCUGUGUGAGAGGCGGGUCGGCGACGGCGUGGCCACCCCGUGGCGACGCUUCGCGAUGAAGGUCAUGAGCAAGCCUAGGCUCAGGCGGAUGAGCGAGUACGUGAACGUGCCCGCGGGUGGCAUGCGGAAGGUGACCGCCGAAGAAAAGAUGCGACAAGAGAUAGAGGUGAUGAGACACCUCUACCACCGGAGUGUUGUACUCUUGUUCGAGGUGCUAGAGGAGCAAGAUGAGUGGGAGGACGGCCAGGAGGGGCGCGUGUGCAUGGUGGAGGAGUACAUGGAAGGGGGGCCGACCAUGACGUUCGACGACGAAUCGGGGUUAUUCAAACGUCCUGAUGGGGGCGGGUCUGGCACUAAGGCUGGGGGCGGGGGUGCAGGUGCAGGGAGCUUCUACUCGGAGGAUGAGGCCAAGCCUCUCUUCCGCGAUCUGCUGCAAGGGCUGCUAUAUCUACACGGAAAGAACAUCGUCCACCGUGACGUCAAGCCGGACAACCUCCUCAUCUUCGAGAACGGGACUCUUCGAAUCUGCGACUUCGGGUGCGCUCGCUACGUGAAAAUCGUGCGCCGACAGCCGUCCAAAAGCAAAGACGCAACCGGCAGCGAAGCGAUGGGGCGGUGUCACGAAGAAGACCAGCAACAACCACAACACCACAAAGGGCAGCAGCAACAUCAACGAAAAGUAGAAGCGGCAAUAGAGCAGGAGGAGGAGGAGGAAGGUCUUACGGGUUCGGUGGGGACCUACACCUUCCACUCUCCGGAGAGCGUUAUGGGUGACGGGAAAACCUACUCCGGGCGCGCAGCCGACGCCUGGGCGGCGGCGUGCACCCUCUACUGCUGGACCUUUGGAUGCCUGCCUUUUCACGACCCAUCUCUGGAGCGGGUGUUUGAGAAGAUCAAGGAGCAGCAAGUGGAUGUGGGGAAGGCGGUUUCUCCCGAGUUGACCUCUUUGCUUCGGGGGAUGCUGUGCAAGGAUCCGCUCCAACGCAUCGGGCUACAGGCCGCUCUUGAACACCCGUGGAUGCGGGGAGUACCUGACCCCCCCCCGCCGGCGGGGUUCAUACCAAAGUCUUCAUAAACGUUUGCUAGAAUACAAUUAAUAUUCCUACAAAGUUGAUAAAUGAUGCAUUGCGACCACCGGGAUCGGCGUCCCUUGUUACCACGUCACACGACCUUCCCCUUGUCGUAGUAGCUGUUGUAUGUUGUAAGUAACCAGUGCUCGGUUGAUCCGGAGCCCUGUGAGUUGUUACGAGUGACCUGAGGCGUCAUGGUGACCCGGGGUUUGCGCGACAUAGGGGACGGGGUACUCUCUCUAGGAAGAGCCUUUCCCUGACCGCAAAAUGUAACAACGAUCAUGUCUCGAUCGUUGCCAGGAGAUCAAAUCAUCAUUUCUUUAGACUUGGA